CGUUUUGCAAAACGUCUUUCGUGCUUUUUCGCGUAUAAAAACUAAAGUUGACCUCAUAAACGACACAGAUCAGCGAGACCAUUCAAACAGAACAUUUCCUUUGACACAGGAUCUGAGACUGGAGCCCCAUUCACUGUUAGACGAUGGCAUUCAAAUUCCUAGCUGUUUUCGCCGUUUUGGCCCUGGCCAGUGCCCAGCACUAUGACCCUCACUACUAUCAUCAGCCAGCCCUGAUCAAGACCGUUCAGCCAGCCAUCGUCAAGACUUUCCAGCCUGCUCUAGUCAAGACCGUGAAGCACGUUGAAUAUCCAGAAGCCCCAGCCGAAUAUCAGUUCCAGUACUCCGUCCACGAUGAGCACACCGGUGACAUCAAGAGCCAACAGGAGGAACGUCACGGAGAUGAUGUCAAGGGACAGUACACCCUGAUUGAUGCUGAUGGCCACCGUCGCAUUGUUGACUACACCGCCGAUGAGCACAAUGGAUUCAAUGCCGUCGUCCGCCGUGAACCUCUGGAUGGACACAAGAUCGUCAAGACCAUCGCUCCAGUUGCCAAAAUUGUUGCUCCAGUCCCGGUUGCCAAGGUUUACGCCGCCCCAGUCGCCAAGAUCGUUGCCCCACACCACUACAGCCACCCAGAACCCCACUAUUCUCACUAUUAAGCAAUUUCUAGACCUUGUCUAGUAUCGAUCACCUGUUCUUAGACUCAAGCUAUGGAUCGCCAUAUCCUCAUUUCUAUAGCUUUAUCUCACUCUCACAAAUUAGUUUAAUUGAUCGUUAUUGUAUUUAUAGAUCAAAUAAUGAAAUGAAAAACUGAAUCUGAAACCAAAAUGAA